AUAUAUAAUUUUGAUAUGAAAUUAUUAGUACGUGUAAUUGAAGCCAAAAACUUGCCUAUAAUUGAUCAAAAUAAUGGAUCAAUUGAUUCAUAUGUUAAAUUAAAAGUUGGAAAUCAAAGACAUAAAACAAAAGUUGUUAAAAAAUGUUUGAAUCCAUCUUGGUGUGAAGAAUUUAGUUUUAGAAUUGAAGAUUUAAAUAAACAACUUAUUGUUAGUUUAUUAAAUGAAGACAAGUUUUUUAAUGAUGAUCUUAUUGGUAGUGUUAAAAUCCCUAUUUCGACAGUUUUCGAUACUGUGGAUAAAUCUUUAGGUACUUCUUGGUAUUCGUUGCAGCCGAAAAAGAAAUCAAAGAUUAAAGAUUGUGGUGAAGUUCUUCUGACAGUAAGUUUUGCGCAAAAUAACCCUCAAUCGGAUAUACAAUCUCAAAUUGAGAAUGGGUCAAUGUCGCCAGCGAGAUCUUCGACUAGUUCAAGAAUGUCGUCUCCGAUGAGGUCAGAGGAACUUCUAGCUCCAAUAAAGGAGGAAAAAACUAGUAAAGAAAAAAUUUCAAGUCUACUUUCACAUAUAUUUAAUAGAAGUAAUGAGUUAGUACCGCCUGCUGCAAAUAAUAAAAUCACCGAGAUACCAGAGGCCACUGAAACCGAUGAUUCAGAGGUAUCUGAGGACAAAAGUGAAGAACAGCAGCCGUCGUCAUCUCUAAAUUUUAAAGAACUUUUGAAAAAGUUGGAGGAGAAAGAUGAAGGUGGUGAAAUGCCUGCAAAUUUGCCUGGAGGGAUAGUGUUGGAUCAGGUUUAUACAGUUUCAACAUCUGAGUUGAACUCAUUUAUCUUUUCAUCUGAUUCAAAUUAUCUGAAUCUGUUAGCAGAGGUUCAGAAAAAUUCAGAGUUGCAAGUGGGACCAUGGAAAUUCGACACUGAAAGUGGGAGUUUAAAAAGAGUGUUUACAUAUGUUAAAGCACCAUCUAGGCUAAUUAAGGCUUUAAAAGCAAUUGAAGAGCAAACAUAUCUAAAAGCUGACGGGAAAUCUUUUGCAGUUUUAGCAAGUGUAAACACGCCAGAUGCUCCAUAUGCAAGUAACUACAGGGUUGAAAUUCAAACCUCCAUAUCACCUGGUCCUGAGUUACCAACAGGAGAAGAAUCUUCCCAUAUGGUGGUCUCGUGGCGAAUGAAUUUUUUGCAUAAUACAAUGAUGAAGGGUAUGAUAGAAGGUGGGGCCCGCCAAGGUGUGAGGGAAAGUUUUGAGCAAGUAGCAGGUUUAUUAGCUGAAAAGUUUAAGGUGGUUGAUCUUAAAGAUAUUGGUUCAGAAAAAGAUCAGGUGUUGGCUUCUUUACAAGUGGAAAAACAGUCAGAUUGGAAGCUCGCAGUUCAGUAUUUUGCUAAUUUCACUGUGAUUUCUACCUUUUUCAUGGGAUUGUAUGUGAUAGUGCACCUCUUUCUGGCCAUGCCUAGCACUGUUCAGGGGCUUGAAUUUGGUGGGCUGGAUUUGCCAGAUUCGAUUGGAGAAGUCGUUGUGUGUGGGGUGUUGGUUCUUCAAGGGGAAAGGGUUUUGAAUCUGAUAUCACGGUUUAUGCAAGCCCGAGGGCAAAAAGGUGGUGGUGAUCAUGGAAUAAAAGCAACGGGAGAUGGAUGGUUGCUAACUGUUGCAUUGGUUGAGGGAAGCAAUUUACCAACCAUUGAUUCCACUGGGCUAUCUGAUCCAUAUGUGGUUUUUACCUGCAACGGAAAAACGAGAACAAGCUCAAUUAAGUUCCAAAAGUCUGAUCCUCGAUGGAAUGAAAUCUUUGAAUUUGAUGCUAUGGAUGACCCGCCAUCUACAUUGGAUGUUGAAGUGUAUAAUUUUGAUGGACCUUUUGAUGAAGCUGUAUGUUUGGGAAGUACGCAAAUUAAUUUUGUAAAAAGUAAUAUAACUGAUUUAGGUGAUGUGUGGAUUCCACUACAAGGGAAGUUAGCACAAGCUUGUCAAUCUAAAUUGCAUUUAAGGAUAUUUCUGAAUAAUACAAGAGGUAGCAAUAUUGUUAAAGAAUAUUUGACCAAGAUGGAAAAGGAGGUGGGAAAGAAGAUAAAACUACGUUCUCCCCAAACAAAUUCAGCAUUUCAGAAGCUCUUUAAGCUUCCACCAGAGGAAUUUCUAAUUAAUGACUUUACUUGUCAUUUGAAGCGCAAAAUGCCCCUCCAGGGUCGUUUGUUUCUGUCAGCCAGAAUAAUAGGGUUUCAUGGAGAUAUAUUUGGACACAAGACAAAUUUCUUUUUCCUGUGGGAGGAUAUAGAAGAUAUUCAAGUGGUUCCUCCUACCCUGUCAUCAAUGGGCAGUCCAAUUGUGGUCAUAACAUUACAUCCGGGCAGAGGUUUGGAUGCAAAGCACGGGGCAAAGACUCAAGAUGCAGAAGGCAGGCUCAAGUUUCAUUUCCAGUCAUUUGUGUCUUUCAGCGUUGCACACAGGACAAUCAUGGCUCUGUGGAGGGCCAGAUCUUUAAGUCCUGAACAGAAGGCAGAAAUAGCUGAAGAAGAAUCAGAUGACAAAAGCUUACAGAUACUUGAAGAAGAAUCAUCAUCCAUUGUAAGUGAUGAUGACAAUGAAAACAGAAGUCUCCAGAGUGAAGAAAGUGGAGCCUUUUUAGGCCUUGGGGAUGUCACCAUGUCUGUUGUUUACUCUUCUGUUCUUUCAGUUCCUUCAAAUUUUGUGAUGGAGCUGUUCAGUGGAAGCGAACUGGAGCGAAGAGCAAUGGAUAGGGCUCAUUGUGUCAAUUAUUCAACAAGCCCAUGGGAGUUAGAAAAGCCAGAUGUAUAUCAAAGACAAACUUAUUACAAGUUUGACGUGAGUGUUUCUCGCUAUGGAGGAGAGGUCACUACAAGUCAACAAAAAUCCCGUCUUCCUGAUCGAAGUGGUUGGCUCGUAGAAGAAGUAACAACGCUGCAUGGUGUCCCCCUUGGCGACUAUUUCACUCUUCAUACAAAGUACCAAAUAGAGGACCAAGGGUCGAGAUCUAUAGUGUGUAAAAUUGUAGUGCAUUUUGGAAUUGCAUGGUUGAAAAGCACCAAACACAAGAAAAAGAUCACCAAAAACAUACAUGCAAAUCUGCAAGAACGUAUGACAAUCAUGUUUAGUACAAUCGAGAGAGAAUAUGUAGCAGGAAAACAACAGAUGCAAACUUAAAAUAGAGAGAGGCUACGACAUCUACCAAGAAGCAUUUUCGACUACACCACAGACUUGAAUUGGCUCUCGGGUAAUGCAACAGAUGACCCAAGAAAUCAAGUGGCGAGAUAAAAGUAUCAUUUUGUAAGUGAAUUUUCUAGCAUAUCUUGGCUUUUUUUACCUAGGAUAUAGCCUUCUUUGUACAGUCAUUUAUGAUAAUAACGCUUUUUGAAAGCUAUAGAUAGUUGUGUACAAGUGUAGGAAGUAGCCUAGACUCGAAUCUCACAUGUACGGAUUAUAGACAUUUUUCACAUUUAUAUACUACAACAGCAACAGAUAGUUAGCUUCAGAUAUAAACACGAAGGUGCAUCUUGGCGUUGACAGUCUGCAGGGACAUCCUUUCAUUAUUGACACUCAAUGUCUCAAUUUAAUGUUUUUGCUUCAGUCCA